UCGUGCUCUUUUCUCUGCUUUAGCCGACCCGGACGGGCAGAAAAUAACCUCUCUUUUUCUGUAUCUGUAUGGCUGAACACGUGAACGUGUAGUGUUCCUACAAGUGUUAUAAAAUAAUUAUUAGUUACUAAAAAUCAUUAACUAUGAAGUUGAACGUGUCGUACCCCGCUACGGGAUGCCAAAAGUUGAUCGAAGUCGACGAUGAGCAUAAACUUCGCGUUUUCUACGAAAAACGCAUGGGCAUGGAGGUGCCAGCUGACUCUCUUGGAGACGAGUGGAAAGGAUACGUCGUGAAAAUCGCUGGAGGUAACGACAAGCAGGGUUUCCCCAUGAAACAAGGUAUCCUUACGAACGGUCGUGUUCGUCUGCUGCUGUCCAAGGGUCACUCUUGCUACAGACCCCGUCGUGACGGAGAGAGGAAGAGGAAGUCCGUCAGAGGUUGCAUCGUCGACUCCAACUUGAGCGUCUUGGCUCUCGUCAUCGUCAAGAAAGGUGAGAAGGAACUCCCUGGACUUACAGACAACAACAUCCCACGUCGCCUGGGACCCAAGAGAGCAUCCAAGAUCCGCAAGCUCUUCAACCUUACCAAGCAGGAUGAUGUGAGGCGUUUUGUUGUCAAGCGCCCAGUCCAGAAGGAAGGCAAGAAGGAGAAGUUGAAGGCGCCCAAGAUCCAGCGUCUUAUUACACCAGUCACCCUGCAAAGGAAAAGACAUAGGGUUGCUUUGAAGAAGAGGCGUUGUCUGGCCCGCAAAGAACAAGCUGCUGAAUACGCCAAACUUUUGGCCCAGAGACAUAAGGAGGCUAAGGCUAAACGCCAAGAAGAACAGAGAAGAAAGCGCAGCGCUUCUAUGAGGGACUCAAAAUCCUCUGCUCAAUCUCACCCAGUCAGCAAGUGAGAGCACUGCUAAAAAUGUAAUAAACAGAAGUAUAUUUUGUAACAUCAAAGUUA